GUCAGGGGCGGGGAGGGAAAAUCCCGAAGCGACACGCGCCUGGAUCAACCGAACGCCCCGAAAAUUCUGCCCAGCCCAACACAAAAUUCGCCCACCCGUGGUCGAACCGGCACAGUCUAGCGCAGGUCGCCGUACCGCGAGCAUCUUCAAUUUUUGCCGAAAUUUUGGGUUGUGAAUCGAGUUGAGUUUUUCCACCUGCUCUGCCCGAGGAGUGCCUUAGUGUGUGUCUGUAGUUGAAAAGAAGCGUGAAGAAAUCCGUGUAUUUUUCCCAUCAGUUUAUCUAACGAUCAAUCAACUGUAUCAAUCAAAAUGGCGCCCCGCAACAAGGAACAGGAAGCCGAGGUACUGCAGUGGAUCGCCGAUGUGUUGGGCGAAAAGUUGCCGCCCGGUCCGUACGAGGACGUGCUGAAGGAUGGCGUUGUGCUGUGCAAGCUGAUCAACAAGAUGGCACCGGGAUCGGUGAAGAAGAUCCAGGAGCGUGGCACCAACUUCCAGCUGAUGGAAAACAUUCAGCGUUUCCAGGCGGCGGUAAAGAAGUACGGUGUACCGGAGGAGGAAAUCUUCCAGACGGCGGAUCUUUUCGAGCGGCGUAACAUCCCCCAGGUGACGCUCUGUCUGUACUCGCUCGGAAGAAUUACCCAGAAGCACCCGGAAUAUAAUGGGCCUACACUUGGUCCCAAAAUGGCGGACAAGAACGAACGCAAUUUCUCCGACGAGCAGCUGCGGGCCCAUCACGGUGAACUGAACCUGCAGAUGGGCUACAACAAGGGUGCCUCGCAGGCCGGCCUGGGCUCGUUCGGUAACUCCCGCCAUAUGUAGAUUUCGUCUGCUGCGGAUAAAGUGGUACUUUUCCGUCUUCGCGCCUUAACACAUUGGCGGAACGGCUUCGGUUCUAGCGUAUCCGUCUGUUUGGUGUUUUCUUUAUGUACAAAACCAAAACAAAACAAAAUCAACUCAUUCGCGCUCUUCUAUUUCCAUCGCCCAUCGCUUCAGAAAGAUAGACAGAAAGAUACCUAUAGAGAGAGUGAGAAACAGAUAGAGAGAUAGAGGGAAAAGUCCAUUCGUGCUGGUUGGUCUGAUCCGACAGGCUUAGCGUCACCAAAAAAAAAAAAACAAGAAAAUCAUCUUCGAGGAUCCGUCAUAUG